CUCCCCGCCGGAGGAGGAGGGGUCACGCACUUCAGGAAUAAAUGUCUGGAAUUCCGUUUCCGCUUUAGGGAGUUGACGGUGAUUUUUUUUGCUUAACUUUCCAACCAACUUUUCUUUUCCACGACAAGUCGGAGAGUUUCCCUGUCAACGUUUCCCGGAUUAAACCACCGCAGCCACGAUGGCCUCUUCGCCCCAGAAAUCCCCGUCCUCUCCGAAGUCUCCGACGCCCAAAUCCCCGUCCUCCAGAAAGAAAGACGACUCUUUCCUGGGGAAACUUGGAGGAACUUUGGCGAGAAGGAAAAAGGCGAAAGAAGUGUCUGAGCUUCAGGAAGAAGGAAUUAAUGCUAUCAACCUUCCUCUCAGCCCGUCCCACUACGAACUGGACCCAGAGGACACAAUGCUAGAGGAGAACGAAGUGCGCACCAUGGUGGAUCCCAACUCCAAGACCGACCGCAAGCUGCAGGAGCUCAUGAGGGUGCUGAUUGACUGGAUCAACGACGUCCUGGUGGGGGAGAGGAUCAUCGUGAAGGACCUGGCCGAGGACCUGUACGAUGGACAGGUGCUGCAGAAGCUGUUCGAGAAGCUGGAGGGCGAGAAGCUGAACGUGGCCGAGGUGACACAGUCGGAGAUCGCCCAGAAGCAGAAGCUGCAGACUGUGUUGGAGCGCAUCAACGACUCCCUCAAACUGUCCACCAGAAACAUCCGCUGGAACGUCGACUCGGUUCAUGCCAAAAGCAUUGUUGCCAUCCUGCACCUCUUGGUGGCGCUGUCACAGCACUUCAGGGCGCCGAUCAGACUGCCGGACCACGUCUCCAUUCAGGUGGUGGUCGUUCAGAAAAGAGAAGGCAUCCUUCAGUCCAGGCAAAUUCAAGAGGAGAUCACCGGCAACACAGAGGCCUUCUCUGGAAGACAUGAACGCGACGCUUUUGACACUCUGUUUGACCAUGCUCCAGAUAAGCUGAAUGUUGUCAAAAAGACAUUGAUCACGUUUGUGAACAAACACCUGAACAAGCUCAACCUUGAGGUGUCUGAAUUGGACACACAGUUUGCAGACGGCGUUUAUCUGGUAUUGCUGAUGGGGCUGUUGGAGGGAUACUUUGUGCCGCUCUACAACUUUUUUCUCACACCAGAAAAUUUCGAACAAAAGGUCCACAAUGUGUCCUUCUCCUUUGAGCUGAUGCAGGACGGAGGUCUGGAGAGGCCAAAGCCCCGACCAGAAGAUAUAGUGAAUUGCGACCUGAAAUCGACACUGCGCGUCCUCUACAACCUCUUCACCAGAUAUAGGAGUGUGGACUGAGCACUAGGUGGCAGGAGGGAACACUCCAUCAUGGAUGCGUUACCUUCCACUUGUUCUAGAUUUUUUUAUCUGAAUGCAUGCAUCACAUUUUGUCCCUGUUGGAUAUUAUACCACGCACUAGUCUCUAUUUUAUUUUGAUUUCUACAGAGACAAUUUUACGGGAGUCCUAAGAAGCGUUUAGAACAUUUCUCGACCCAUGUGAUCUUUAUGUCCUGUGUUCAUGACUGAAGAAAAUGUUAAAAUAAAAUAUUUCAGAGUGAUAUCCAAAUCUAGUUUUUCCCACGUUUAAAACUAAAUCUGGGACUCAUUUUCAGUACACAUAUCUUAAUUGCACCACUACCAAAUAUUGUGAAAUAGGACUUAAAGAAUUUAUGAUGAGUUUUAAUUUACACAACUUGCCAGCACACAAUAUAUGAUAUUUUUCACCUGCUCAUGAACGCACGAGAGAAAACAGCUCAUUGACCUUUCACAGGGCUUCCGUACAUUUGACUUUUGUGACACAAACUGACCUUUUGUUGUAAUUUGGGCAUUGUCAAACAGUCCUGAGAACAUAUAUGAACCAAAUAACACAGCCAAAGGUAAUGUUUAGGGAAGUCAUAGAGGUUAUUCUCUAAUGACUUUUGUUAAUCUGCGUUAUCACAAAGAUGAACAGGGUAUCUUUUUAAUCCCUAAAAGAAAAUGUUUAACUGUAUUUAUUGUAAAUUUCUUAAUCACUUUUUUCUUCUUAACUUACCUUACCUAUUUUAUUUUUCUUCUUGUUUGUUAUUCAUAAGUGCCCUUAUUAAGAUGUGUGAACACAGCUAGCAGCUCUCAAUACGGAAUGUCAGGACGCACAUGCUCCCCAGAUGUCUUAACCUGCGAAAUUCCCAUGUGUGGGACAUUAGAAAUAUCUGACCAAAGCUCUGUUGUAUUCACACUAUAAGUCGUAUAAAGGUUUUACUCCAUUGCCAA